GAGAGGUCUGGCUCCUGCCCCCCUGAGCUCCCGAGGGCAGGGGGCAGAGGCUGGGGCCGGCACCCUGCGCCCCCGGCGAGCACAAGCCCUGGGCUGAGCAAACUGCUGGGAUUUACUUCAGCCAGCCGUGCAGCCCCCCUUUCCCUCUCCCCAGCCCUCUCUUAAUUCUCGCUUUACAAGAUCUGCAUUUCCAAUACACUGGGAAAAAAUAAAUAAAAGCAACCCACAAGACUUGCCUCUCAUAACAAGCCGGCUUUAUCUUGGCUUACAACUCAGUUGUGCGUUGCUGUAAAGUCCUUCUGGAAGGCAUGCCUCUGCCUCUAACAAGCCAAGCUCUCUGAGCUCUGAAGAGAGACCCCAGUGAGAGAAUCCAGCCCCCCCGCUCCCUCUUUUUUUAACAGCACGCAGCCAGUCUCUUGUGUGAGCUCUGGCAAAGAUCAGUUCAGUCUCACUGACUAUGGCUCCUGCUCAGGCCCAAAUCAUCCAUGCUGGGCAGGCGUGCGUGGUGAAGGAAGACAACAUCAGUGAACGUGUUUAUACAAUUCGGGAGGGGGACACACUGGUCCUGCAGUGUCUUGUCACAGGACACCCCCGGCCACAGGUGAGAUGGACCAAAACUGCUGGCAGCGCGUCGGACAAAUUCCAAGAGACGUCAGUGCUUAACGAGACCCUUCGGAUUGAGAAGAUCCAAAGGCUGCAGGGGGGCCGCUAUUACUGUAAAGCAGAAAAUGGGGUUGGGGUCCCUGCCAUCAAGUCCAUUCGAGUAGAUGUGCAGUAUCUAGAUGAACCUGUUCUCACCGUUCACCAGACCAUCAGUGAUGUACGGGGCAGCUUCUACCAGGAAAAGACUGUCUUCCUCCGCUGCACUGUCAACUCCAACCCACCAGCUCGCUUCAUCUGGAAACGGGGAGCUGAGACGCUUUCCCACAGUCAGGACAAUGGUGUGGACAUCUAUGAACCCCUCUACACACAGGGUGAAACCAAAGUCCUGAAGCUAAAGAACUUGCGGCCCCAGGAUUAUGCCAGCUACACAUGCCAGGUGUCUGUUCGCAAUGUCUGCAGCAUCCCUGACAAAUCCAUCACCUUCCAGCUCACAAACACCACAGCGCCACCUGCUCUGAAGCUGUCUGUCAAUGAGACACUGGUGGUCAACCCUGGUGACAACAUCACUAUGCAGUGCUCUCUGAUGGGUGGUGACCCACAGCCAGAGGUGGUUUGGUCUCACUCUCCUGGCCCAAUGCCUCCCAACAGCCUUGUGCAGGGAGGCAACCUCACUAUCUGGAAGAUCCAGGUGGAGGACUCAGGCUACUACAAUUGCACAGCCAUCAACAACGUGGGAAACCCAGCAAAGAAGACAGUGAACCUUCUGGUGCGAUCCAUGAAGAAUGCCACGUUCCAAAUCACCCCUGAUGUGAUCAAAGAGAGUGAGACCAUCCAGUUAGGGCAGGAUUUGAAGCUCUCUUGCCAUGUGGAUGCUGUCCCCCAGGAGAAGGUUGUGUAUUCCUGGUACAAGAAUGGGAAACCAGCCAGGUUCUCAGACCGGUUGCUCAUCACCAGGAAUGACCCUGAGCUCCCACCUGUGACCUGCAGCUUGGAGAUUAUUGACCUGAGGUUCAGUGACUAUGGGACCUACCUGUGUGUGGCUACCUUCCAGGGAGCACCCAUUCCUGACCUCAGCGUAGAGGUGAACAUCUCCUCAGAAACAGUGCCACCAACCAUCAGCGUCCCUAAGGGUCAGUCCACAAUCACUGUCCGGGAGGGCUCCCGAGCUGAGCUGCAGUGUGAGGUUCGUGGGAAGCCCAAGCCACCCAUCAUCUGGUCCCGGGUAGAUAAGGAAAUCGCCAUGCCUUCAGGGACAAUGACAAUGGAGACGUAUGAUGGGAAGCUGCGCCUGGAGAGCGUGAGCCGAGAAAUGAGUGGGACCUAUAAGUGUCAGACAGCCAGGUACAAUGGCUUUAACAUCAGACCCCGGGAAGCCCUGGUGCAGCUCAGUGUGCAGUUCCCCCCCGUGGUGGAGCCAGCCUUCCAGGACGUGCGCCAGGGCGUGGGGCGCAGCGUCACCCUGCGCUGCACCAUGCUGAAGGGCAGCCCCAUGAAGGUGGCCACCUCUGUCUGGCGCUUCAAUGGGACCCUUCUGGCACAGCCCCUGACAGAACAGCAGGACUACUCGGAGCUGAAGGUGGACAGCGUCAGCCGGGAGACCAGCGGUAGCUAUGAGUGCAGCAUUUCCAAUGACGUUGGGGUCUCCACUUGCCUCUUCCAGGUGUCUGCAAAAGCUUAUAGCCCAGAGUUUUACUAUGAUACUCCCAACCCCACCUUGAGCCAGAAGCAAUCCAAGAAUUACUCUUACGUCUUGCAGUGGACGCAGAAAGAGCCCAAUGCUGUGGAUCCCAUCCUCAAGUAUCGUCUGGAAGUCCGGCAGCUGGCUCAGAGAAACACCAUCCAAACCUUCAUUCCUGUGCAGAAAAUGGAGAAGGGCCUGUUGCUGGAGCACAUCUUGCCCAACCUGAAAGUGCCUCAGAGCUAUGAAGUUCGCUUGACACCCAUCACCAGCUUUGGGGCUGGAGAUAUGGCUGCCCGCAUCAUCCGGUACAUGGAACCAAUCAACUAUCCCAACCCAACAGAUAACACCUGCCGCUUUGAAGACGAGAAGAUCUGUGGCUUCAUGCAGGACAAGAUGGACAACUUUGACUGGACCCGGCAGAAUGCCCUGACCCAGAACCCCAAGCGUACCGUCAACACGGGGCCCCCCACGGACAUCAGCGGUACACCAGAGGGUUAUUACAUGUUCAUCGAGGCGUCCCGGCCCCGGGUGACAGGAGACAAAGCCCGACUCAUCAGCCCCCUCUACAACAUUACUGCCAAGUAUUACUGUGUCUCCUUCUACUACCACAUGUAUGGGAAGCACAUUGGCUCCUUGAACCUGCUAGUUCGCGUGCGGAACAAGCGAGCCAUUGACACCCAGGUCUGGUCGCUCAGUGGGAACCGGGGGAACAUGUGGCAGCAAGCACACGUGCCCAUCAACCCGCCCGGGCCCUUCCAGAUCAUCUUCGAAGGUGUCCGGGGCACGAGCUAUGAGGGGGACAUUGCCAUCGAUGACGUCACUCUGAAAAAGGGGGACUGUCCAAGGAAGCCAAUUGGACCGAAUAAGGCGGUUGCUCUUCCAGGAAGCGGUGUCCUGACCCUGCACAGCCCUUGUCUUUGUGGCCCAUUGACUUUCUUCCUUUACGUGCUGCUCAGAUGAUGGCAAGUGAGCGCUCCUGUCUUCGGAUCAAGACAUUCCUGCUCCUUUCCUACUCGGCCACCUCUGCUCCUCUUCCUCCCCUCCUCACUGGCACACCAAAGUGUCCAUAUGUUACCAAAGACUGACAGGCAUGACCACACAAAGGGAUCUGGUUCAGAACUGGAGCACUCCUUGAGAAAGUCAUAAUGUCUAGAACAAAAUUAAAAAAUAAAGACAAAUUUUUUUUAAAGCACGUGCACGAGAGAGAGUGAGAGAGAGAGGAAGGAAGGAAACAAACAGAAACACGCAGAAAAGAAGGAAUGAAAGACAAAAAAACAGGAAUGAAGAAAUGAGAAGAGCAAAUGAAGGAGGAAAAAAAACACCCUCAUAUUUCCUUGGGAAUGUCAGACAGGACUUCCUCAGGGAAGUGGGAACUUGUUUUAAACAAACAAAAAUAUAUUAAAGCACAAAUUUCUACCAGAACAGUUACCUUCUUUACUGCAGACCCCACAGCUUAGUGGAUGAUAUCCCGCAGUACUCCCCUUGUCUCCCCAUGCUUUCCCACUGGCUGGGGCUGUCCCACUCUGGCUGCAGCUCCCUGCAGUAACGCCAGCCUCGAGCGUGGGGUAGCAGCUGCCCUGCGUGCCAGUGGCUGGAGCAUCUUCCCUCGCACCGCAUGUGCUUCGGUGUCUCCAUCCAUCCACAUCUUCCAGGCUCUCAUGUAUUUAAUUGCCCCCUGCGUGGUUUGCUUUGGCCUUUCCCCACCGCUCUGGGCUUCUCACCCGUCAGCCUGAAGAAGAUGGAGCAGGAAUGGACCCAUCACAUGGACCACGCUGAGUGGUGGAGAAGUCCCGGCUGGAUCCGGCUGCAGUGUUGGGCUCUGGGCACCUCUUUCUCUCUCUCAGCCCUCUUGCUGGGUAAAGAAACUAUAAGAGCAGGUCUGAGUUGCAGAGAGAAAGGUGUUUCUGUGGGGCUGAGCAGUGGGGCAGGCUGGGGUGGGAAGGGAGGACAGUUGGACAUUGGCUUCCCCCUGUGAAUGCUGGGAUGACUGUCGCCUCAGCCCUAAGCCCAGGAUUACUUCUCUGCCUCUCUUUUGUUACCUAUUAAUUUUGGUCUUUUAUUCCAUUGUUUAACUUCCCCCACCUCAAGCUUUUUGGAUUAUGGGAAGAGUUAUGCAUUUAAACCUUCUUGAGCCAGACAGUGGGUCCUGUGCCCAUGACCCAGCCCCUGGGCCAGCAGUUCAGGCAGCUGCGAUACUGCUCUCUCACCUUCUGAGGCCUUUUAGCAUGCACCGUGCAUUAGCUGAGGAGUGGGCCAAGUGUGGCAACAGCAUUGCUGCUCAGGGGAGAGGGGCCUGAAUUCUGUCAGCACGUGGAGUCCUGCAGGCACUCAGCUUCUACUGCCAAAGCAGUGGGCAGAGGAGCUGAAAGGUGGAACAGGCAGGAACAAGCCCCAGGAAGGAUGAAGAUGGGAAGCUUGACCCAAAAGAGGGGCUUGUGCUGAACUGUGGCCCCUUCUGUCACUGGGGAACAGGGAUGGGGGAAAUUCACCUUGUUCCUGCUGGCAUCAUGAAAGGGUAAAGCUGGUGUCUCUCUCUCUGCUGCAGACCUGCAGCAGGUCUGGCCUGACUUCCUCAGGGUGGAGGCAUGUGCUCCUCCAGAUGAACCCCCAGGAGAAGGGUCUGCCCUGCACCAAACAAGUAAGAACUGUGAUAGCCUUGUUGCAACUGGAAGCAGCUCUGGGCAUGACUUAUUUCCCUGCACAGGGCAGAGUUAUCCCCAAAAGGCUGUGAACUGGGUUUUACUAGCCCAUGCUCUGGCAGUUCAGUUAAGUGGGACUCUUCCCCUUAAGGGACACCCCAUCCAAACUCCAUAUCUGGGGCACCACAGGUGUAUGAUGAGCUAGCUCUCUCACCACAUCCCCCAGUACCCAUGGCUUCUUACCCAUUUCUGAUUAAUCUAUCAUCUUCUCUGAGACAACUGUGUUUGCCUAAAAUCACCUGAUUGUAUUAGCUGCCUCCUGCAUUGCUCAGCUUCCAGCAAUGGCUGGUGCCUCAUUUCCUCCACAGGUGGAGGGGGAAGAGUCCUUAACUCCCAAGAGAUCCAGUUUGAAGUCUUGAAACCCAUCACUCUAUAGCUUUUGGAAGGGCAUUCAUCUGCAGUAAUCCUCCCCAGCCACCAUCAGAGAGAGAAAAGACAUCAGCUCUGAGGGACAAGGGGACCUCCUUCACAGGAGGCCUCGCAAGACAGUGAGAGGGGAUCUUGCAGGUCUCCCUUGCUCCUGUUGCUUUUCUCCACUUCCAAGAAUGAGGACUAUGUCUUUUAUCUCUCCGUCCCUCUCUCCAGAGCCCAGACCUCAGUCACGCUGCAUAUUUGCUCUGGAGACCUGUGGCUGUUUCCCAGGGCCAGGCAGUGCUGUGGGAUGCUGUGGGUGCCAGCAGUGAUUCUGCUUCUUAGUGUCUGUUGCCAUUUUCAUGGGCAGCUAGUGCUACCAUUAUCUUUCAGCUGAGUUCUUUCAGUCCUAUGCUGUUCCUUUCCACCAUGCUUGUUGGAAGCCAGAAGUCAUCACCCCACUCCUGUUAAAAGUCCACUUUCACUCCUAGGAGAGAGACAGUGCUUUCCAGGGGCCCUUGGGUGCUUCGUGAUGGCUCCUGAUCUGUCAGUGGCAAAAUAUUUGUGUUACAUUGCUGAUUCAAGGAGGCUUCUGCUGGGCAGAAGGUGGAGAGAGGAGCAUUUCCCCAUCAGUAAGAGAUAGCCCAGCACAACCAUCUCACCUUCUAGGCUCUGAGGCAGAGACCCUUGUGGCCUUGCUUCUACUGGCUGCUUAGCCAGGGUUGCACAAGCACGUUUUGCUGAUGUUUAGUGGGCAGCAGAGGUGCUGUGGGACUGGGGAGGUCCAGCCUGAAGGUUCAGGAUCAUGGAAAAAGCAUUAUCUGUGAGGCAAGUGUCAGCAAAGGGACACCAUGUUUUUAGAAAGGGACACCUGCAUGGAGGGUGUCCAUGCCCUGCUGCCAGCUGCUGCGAGGAAGGAUGUAAGUGCCUCACCAAGGUGACCCAUGGCACAGGGGGUAAAGAGCCCGUUGGUGGCAGUGGGUCCAGGGCAGAGCAAGCAGAUUGCCCCAGCCAGAGGUGAAGCCUUCUCCUGCUGUCAGGCAUGGGCCCAUCAGCUUCAGUAAAAGUCUCAGGGAGCCCCUUCCCACUUCAACCUCUGCUCCUUUAUCUCUGGCUAGAAAGCCGCUAGUGGUGAGUUCGGGGGAAAGUCAUUAACCCAAGUGCCUCAGCUUGUCAGAAGUACCGAGGACUUCAUUUCCCUGGCAGAUGCGCUGAGAAAGUGUAGCAGAGGAAAGAGGCACUUCAGCAGCAAGGAUGAGAAGCUGUGUAAUGAUGGGGUCAGAGUGGAGUCAGCGUCCCUUCUCUCUGAGGGAAGUGGUAUUUUUGGUUUACUAAUGCUUCCCAUGCUUGAGGGGGCAAUUCUCCUUGCAGUGGUGCUGCAUCCCAGGUGAGGUAUAAAGCCAUGCUCCUUACCCCUUGCAAUUACAGAUCCCUUCACACUUUUCACAGUGUUCUGGCUAAAUUACAGUCCUUAAACAUAAUUACAGACUGUCUUCUUAAAUAUGUGUUGCAGUCCCAACAUUAUGUUUCUCUUCCUGAUGUUUUAUGUUGCUCUGUGCCUAUCGAGUAGCUGCUUUAUUCCGCUCCAGAAGUGGCUGCAUUUCAGUGAUGGUGGAGAUUAUUCCUGUACAUAGUAUGAAAGUCCCUGCAGAAGAAAAGUGCAAUAUAAAUUUAAGAGACUGCUUUUAUUUACAAGGAGACCUCUGCUUGGUAGUUGUAGAAAUACAUUAGAAAGAAUGCUGUGUGGGUGUUAGCCGAUAUAUACUCGAUUUCUUUUUUUUUUUUUUUUUUUUCAGGGUAUAAAACAGAAAAUAUGUGAGUGUGCAGGCUCCUGGGUAUAAGUUGUAGAUACUGGAAGUAGUGAAUGCUACUGUGUCAUUACAAGUGGGGCUUACAAAGAAACUUUCAUUUGAAACCUCUUUUGAUAGUUGUUGUAUUCUGAAAAAUAUACGUUUUUAAUUAUAAUUUUCCACAGUUCAGUGCAAGUCCCAGUAACAGGUCAUCAGCAGGACUUUAAUCCAUGGCUUUUAACAAUAUGAACAUCAAUUCAUACUGCUUGCUCUGAAAUGCAACUCCUGGCUGGUAAUAGACUAUUUUCCUUCCACAUAGAUCAGCCACUGGAAAGCGAUGGAGCUAAUAUGUUUCAUUUGAUGUGGAGUUAAGUAAUUUGGAACGCCUGAGCACAACUCUUCCCAGCCGCAUGGGAGUGAAAAAGCGUUUCAUCUAUAUGAAGACUUUGCAUAGUGAACAAAUGGUUCAGAAACUCCUAAAGUGAAGUGUUGUGAUUGGCAUGCAUGCAGAGCAGCCCCAGCAGAGCUGCACAACGUGCUGCCUGAAGAGCAGCUGUAGCAGCAGCGAUAUGGAGCCUUUCUUCUGGGAAGUAAUUUUCUUCUGGAAGGAAAUAGGGUGGCAAUCAGGGAAGAAAUAGGAGGGGUUUCAGAUGCUUAGGCUGGUAAAUUUAUUGAAAAAGUAACUUACAGAUGUAUGAAUGAGUGUAGUAAACAUGAUACAAAUUGUAUUUUAUUCCCUUUUCCUAUUGAAAGUACAGAAAUUUUAAUUUCUUUCUAUAUGAAAUCCUAUGGGUUCAGUAGUCCAGAAUGACACGAAAAUGCUAUAGUACCAAAAGGAGAGCAGGGUUUGGAUUCCUCCUCCUCAGCCCGUCCCUAUCACUCUGUGCCAGGAAAAGCAUCCUGCUUUUGGGUUGGUGCCCUGCACUUCUCAGUCUGGGAGGGACAGUCGCUGGGAGCAGCAAGCGGUUCUGGUGCUUGCUGGCAUCCCUCCACUGCACCAUCGCUGCUCUCAGCCUUGUCUCCAGCGUGAAGCAAUCCUUGUGCAAGGUGCUGGCAGAAGCAAGCCCUGCUCUCCCCUAGCUCUCAGCAAGCUUGGGGCAGGGAGUUUUACCUCUGGGAAUAGUCAGGGGGUCCUUCACUCUGCCCUGAUGGAUCCCACCUGCCCCAGGCAGUGACAAAGGAACCAGAUGGAGUAAAUGGUGUCACCCCACGCAAACAGACAAACUUUUGCCUUAAAGCAGAAAGCUCAGGGAGUUGCUGCUUCAGGGUGUUGCUGUCCCCAUCGCCUGUCAGAGCCAUGAAGAUAUUCAUCUUUCCCUGGAAAUGCUGCAGCACCUCUUUGCCUCCUGGGUGCCUUUGGAUGGCCUAGCAACAUCAUGGAGGUACACACCAGUGUGAGCUCUGUGCUUUAAGCUGCAUGCGGUGGGACACUAUACCACAGCACCAAGCAAUGCCCAGUUCUUGCACCCAGGGAGUAGGACCCUGCUUUUCACUGAGGACAAGAAGUUACAUUAUGAGUCUCUCCUGUGCAAAAGAAAGGGCUUCUCACACUCCUGGCUUUGCCACAGACCAGUUUUGGUCCCUCGUUCUUUCUCCAUUAAACCACCCUGACAUCUUGUCUUUUCCAGGCUGCACUCAAUGCAGGUGUACGCUUGUUUGUAGAGGCAACAAGCGUACAGCAGCAGGACCCUGUGUAGCCUUCAGGAAAAGGCAGGUGUGGGUGCCAUUUGUAUUUGCUUUGGCCCCACUGAUAACUGCUCAUCCCAUUCAGCCUGGGAAGACAUUUAAUGCAUACAGAAAGCAUUUGCAGAAAAAUAAGUGCUGGAGAGCUCUGGAAACUGCAUUUUAACAGGACCCAAUUUACACUUUGUGGUAGUAACUGGCAGCUGGUGGUUUCCAGCAGGGAGCUGAAUGUCCCCGGCAUCCCAAAUGAUAGCUGUGAUAUAUAUGUGUUUUUCAGUAUUCCCGUUGGGAGUAAGACACACGACAGUUUGGCUCACGGUCGCCACCACCUAGCCCACCACAGGGGGAUGCUGGGGUCUUCUCAUGACUACUUACAGCCUGGUAUGGUCACAUUAAACCAGAGACAGUCACGUGUGCCCUGGAGGCCUUGAACAUCCCAAGGAGAACUGCAGGACAGCCCAGGGCACCUUCACCCAACCUUGCCUUUCCAGAGAGGGACGGGAUGCAGCUUGCAGGAAACUGUUGUCUCCAGGACACCUCUUGCCCAAUGGAAGAGCAGUACCAUCCCGCUCCACUUGGGCUGAGUGAGAUGUGUGCAUGAUAUCUAGACCCUGGGUUGGGUAUAGGGUACAUGCUCAGUUGCUUUGCCAUUAAGCGUCCUUCCUCAAAAAGGGGGAGAGUUCCAAAGACGGACAGCACGUUAGCAAGAUCACCAUGUCCCUGUGCUGUGUAGCUGCAGGGGAUGGAGGGCUCAGUCCCACUGAAGUGCCUCUGGCACUUGUUAACGCUCUGCAUCACUGAGAUCUGGUUUGGCAUCUUCUCUAUCUUGCUCUUCCCAGCCCUGGUACAGCCUGAGGGGCUGGUGGGGCUGCCUGGGUGGCAGUUGUGGAGCAGGAACACAGGAGCACUUCAGGGUAUGUGUUGGCUCCAUCAGGGACCUAGUGUGAGUCACAUCCUGACUUCAUAAGAGACAAAAGAGGGCUCACAACAGUCUCAUGGGUGGCUGAGAGGAUAGAACAGAGCUUGUUCAUGUUCUUGAAAAGGUGAGGGGAAAGAUGAGCUCCAUGCUAUAUUGCCCUUCAUUUCACUGGUGGCAGGUAGCAGGCUCGGACCUGCAACUGCUCAGAUGCUAGGCAACGGAGACUAAAGAAGAGUCCUUAGGCCACAUUUCCCAGUUGGACUUGUCCUAGUAAAAUGUGGCAAUCCAUCACCAGAUCCUCAGCACAUCUGUGCAUGAAGAAGCCAAGCAACCCACUGUGCUUGUAUGGGUGAUCCCUCGGGGAAGCUGCAAAGGUGGGUAGCGCUUGGGUCCCAGCACACAAGCGCUGCCUUUCCCUCUGCUGCCUUUCAUGGUGAGGGUUUUCCGGCAUGGGGCACAGAACAAGGGAAGGGGAGAUGGAGAGAUACUGUCUUUGCUGGCAGCAGUUGGAAAGGUAGAGCUGGGUCAAUAGAGGGUUUUCUAGAGAGCUGUGAAGGUCUGUGGUAAAUCCAGGUUUCGCAUAGAUUUGGUAUGGCCUAUAAACCAUUUGCUCCUGUGGAAGGAGGCAAAAUUUUGUGCUUCCAUUAACUGUUGUCCUGAAGGGAAAUUUGGCUAUGAAUGCUUGACUUACAGUGGGAUUUUUUUACCCCCAGUGGCCUAAACUCAGCAUAUACAGGGGCAGCUGGAUAGCCCUCACACAGUGCUGGUGACCCCAGCAGUGCUGGCACCCAAAGCUCACAGCGCUGGAUGUGCUUUAUGCUGUAAUGUCCAGGCCCUUGCUUGAAGCACUGGGCCAAGUGAAGGGUACCUGGCUGCUCUACAGCCCUGCAUAUGUCCUGUCUACCAGCCAAGUCUGCAGGAAAAUAAAAGACAUGCUACUACUGCUAGCCAGCGGAGGUCUGCUUUGACUGAGGGAACUGGGCUCUGAUUCUGCCAUUUAGGCAGUAAAGUCGCUUUCAGUUGCGUAAAACCCAGCUGUUAUAAUGGAGAGUUACUCCUAGAUGUUCACAUGGUUGCAUAACUAUGGUAUGUCUCAGAUAAUCAGCAAAGGCAGGCCCUGGGUAGGAGCUGGAACAUACCAGAUGUCGGCAGUCCUGCUUGGCCACUGUGGGUGAGCAGUGACUCCUUUGCUCUCAGCGUUAGAGCUGCUCAGGGCACAGGCUGAGCCUAAACCAGCCAAGAGCGAGUGCAGCCCCACUUCCCUGUCUGCAUAGCAGGCACCAACUGGCUUUCUUUUGGUGACUGUGAUAUAUAAUGCGGCACUAAGAUGAAGCUGUCUCCUUGCCCUGUGUAGGUCCAGCGCUGGUAAGGUGUCUAUCUUAGCAGCUUGUAAAGGGAACAGAGCUGAAAACUGAGAUGUGUGUGUGUUGCAGCUGCCAGCAGUGCAGCAGGGAGGAAAGAGGACUUGAAAGCCCCUUUUGCAGGCAGCAGCAUUUCCAGCCAGUCCCCACCUCUCCCUUCUCCUGCUAUCCACACUCCAACCCUGAGCACCCUCCAAGGUGGGGAAUUUUUAUAUAUCUUGUUUCAAUGGUCCUUGUUCUCAAGAACCAGCUAUGGGUAUCAAUAAACAGAGCAACAGCCAGGAGAGGCCGUAGCAACAUAGUCAGCUCAGACGGUGCCUGAUGUGUGGUGAGAGGAGAAAAUUGAUUUCAUUCUCUUUCUGAAAUGCCACGAGGAUUGACUGGGGAAUAGUAUUUAGGUCUUUUAUAUAGACAGCAGUAUGUACCACAUAGAAGUUGAGUAAUGAGGGACUUGUGAACACUGGAGGUUUCUCUGAGAAAAAUCAGAUGCUGAUGGGGGAAGGUAUUUACAGACUGGGAGAAAAGGAGCUUUCCUGUGCAUUUAUUUGUUAUUCCUUUUUCCUGUAGGCCCUGGUAUGUAACAUCCUGGGACAAGAAAACUGUCUCAGAGUUUGCUGGAGGUGGCCUUUUCCUCUCAUCAAACCUUGAUUGUCCUUCUCUGCUGCCCAUCCCCAGCUUUACCAUGCAUUGAUGUAACCGGUGACAUCAAUGCCAGGUAAAGUGGCUUAUGUCAAUGCUUUCAAAUAAAUGAGAUUGUCCUGUUUUCCUCAUUCUUGGGAUCUUCUGGAUUUAUCGUCUCACCCCAGAAGGCUCCACAGUAUGCAUUCUUUUCUCAGGACAUUCCCCAAAAGCUGUGGAUGCUGCAGAUACAGGGUUCUUCUUUGUAGUUUUGGUCACAGCCCUUGCCUGGCAGCAUGGAGACAAUCUCUAGAUGAGCUGGAGAAUUUGGUGUCAGCAUGGUUUUGCUUGGGUCUUUUUUCCCAGCCAGAACCAUCCUGCCUGUUUUGCAGUGCACAUAGUGGAGGAAAGGGGCUGUCACCCAAUAUACAACUGUCUCAUGGGGAAGCUUCUGUGGCACCUCCUGCUUCUGGCCAGAAGUGACUGUCAGACAGUAUUUCCCACACUCUUCCUCACUCCAUCCCCCCACUCCGUAUGUAUCCUCACCAAGUGUUUCAUUUCCAGCCUGGAAACAUCAGCAGCAGACUUCAUCCCUGGAUCCCAUAGAAGAGGAUCACACCAAAAUCCCUUCCUCAGCUUGCAAGGGGCAGGGAGAAUCAGCUCAGGCCCAAUGGUGAACCACUUCAGUGGGAUCCAGUGCCAGUGGGACUAUGCCACCCUCAUGCUUCCAGGUCGCUGAGGCCAGUAGAAAGUAUACUUUGACCUGACAGAAGCGUUUAGAAGCACCUCUCCAAAAGGAGCUACGCAGUGACUCUGUAUUUGGGGAUACUGUGGAGGAGGGGUGGGUCCUCUGGUGUCUCUUGUUUCUUUUCCCAUCAGUAUCCUGGGUGGGGACUCUGGGACAGAGCCUCAUUCUCCACCCAUCUCCCUCAUCGCAAACACGUCUUGACCUGUCCCUGCUCCACAUCUCGUAGGGUGCCAUCACUGUCAUCAAGCGGAGCUGGGACCCUCUCACCACCAUCAUACCAAGCCGUCCACAAUGUUAAAAGCACAAACACAAAGGGACUGAACUGAACCUUUUGAACAGGGUGAGAUGUUUUAUAAGCAUUGCCUCAUCCAUGCCCCUGCCCCAACCCUGACGUACCGUGUAACCUAUAGACUCUCAACGUGGAUUGUUUCAUUCAAAUAAAGCUGCAGUACUCAA